GCCUGGCAAGCCUCGGCUGGCAUUCGCGACUUCCAGAAACCGCUAUAGGAAGGGAUAGCUCGAGGAUCUAGUGGAUUCAGGUAAAUGAGGGGUUACCCAUUCAUCUCUGGCUGCUAUUAUUCCCCCACAAUAAAUAUCUUUUAGCGCAGGCUCUGGUACGCAUUGUCAUUGUUGCUCCGUGUCCAUCUCUACGCCGCUCGUUUUUAAGCUUGAGCGGUCCCCGCCUUCGCUUGUGACAAAAACGUAAACCUCACAGCUUCAACCCCUCCCCCGCACCGGCAUCGUCAUUUUACCCAAAGCUUGCCAACAAUUUGCCCAACAUGGCUGCUCCCGCCGAAAAGACUCUCAAGGACCUUAACGGAAAAUGGACAAUGAACCAUGCCCUGUCCGAUUCUGCUGAGCCUGGUCUCAUUCUGCAAGGCAUCAGCUACCUUGUUCGCAAGGGUAUCCUCAUGGCCACCAUCUCGCUUGAUGUGACGCAGUACGAAGGCCCUCCUAACCCUCCCAGCGAGUCCACCGACAUCGUCACCCACAUUGACAUUGUCCAGAGCGCCGGCAGCCUGUCCUCCACUCAGGAGAACCGCUGCGCCGAUGACGUCUACCGCGAGCACAGCGACUGGCUGUUUGGUAACGUCCGCGGCAAGACCAAGUGGAUUGCCCUCGAGGAGGGCGAGGACGAGUACCUCAAGGGGGGCUGGGAGCCCGAGGCAGAUGGCAAGUACAUCCGCACCUAUGUCGAGAACGACGACUACGGUUGGACUGCCGACCAGAUUUGGGGCUUCCAGAUAGUCGAGGGCGAGAGAUAUUACUGCCGUAAUAUUCUUAUCAAGAAGGGUGACGAGCGCGCUCAGUUCCGUUUGGUCUACGACUGGACUCCCGCGCCUGAGGCUGCCGCCGAGGUCGAGGACGAGGAUCCCGCUUUGUAAAAUUGCGUCUUGAGUGUACGUGAUAGAAUGCCUGCUUUACUUAUAAAUUAAUUUGUCAUUAUUGUCUAUAUACUUUUUUACUUUUUCGAUGCAUGACCACGGCAAGCUUAUUCUGGUCGUCGCUUGACAAACUCUUCCAAAUCUUGUACCGUUGUAACGCCCAAGACAAAUCGUCUGUUCUCGUCUGUGAUAACUGCAAAUUCUUGAGCCCACUCUCCCUGGGCAGGCUGCUGUUCGCUGCCACCACGGAAGAAGACCUCGAGCUCCUCAAGUGGCGUCUGCAUUGUAAUGACCUUGUACUUGCGGCCCUUGCGCUGGAACCUUGUCAUGGCGGCCGAGAGCGGGUCGUUGGGCUUGACUUUGCCGGCAUCAAGCUGCUCCUGGAGAUGAGGAAUGGCGACGUAGCCGAGCAAGGCGCGGGUCUCGGAGUCGACAACAGUCAGAUGUGUGUAGUCGCGUUCGAAGGCGGACAGGAGGGCGACGGAGACGGCGUCGGUGGGGUUGACGGAGAGAGCGGCAGGGGGAUCUAUGUCUUCGACAGUGGCCUAGAAGGAAGAGAUGUGUUAGCUCAGAGAGUCAUCAAACGGGCGAAGUAGCUGCCAGUCUUCCAUCACGGUGCGGACCAGCAAGAAAGCGGUCACCGUUCUGGUUUGCUUGGUGCGAGGGAUAAACGUACGCCUCGAUAGCGGGCAGCCCAU